ACGAGAGACGUGUAACUUUGACAGUUCCGGGAAGAUUCACGGGGAUAUUUUACAGCUGAAAUCGGCAUUAAUAGAUGACUGGCAUGUCAUGUAAUGAAGUAAAGCAAAUGUAUUAACAUCUUUACUCCAUUAAAAAGACACGAAUAAGAAAUCUUUCUAAGAAAUAGCUGACAAAUAAGUGUCAGUAUGCUCAGUCGAUCUAUAGUCGUGCAAAGUCUCAGAAGUAUUAGAGCUAGGUUUUUUGAUACAAGACGACAAAGAAAUGAGCAAAGUGAUGGUCAGGGGCCAGCUAAUGACGUCACGGGCCCCUCUCUGGAUAACCUGCCGGUUGACAUGCAGUUUCUCAUUAUGACCUUCCUGUCUCCGCAAGACCUCUGCAGACUUGGAGGCACCAGCACAUACUGGCGGUCAAUGGUUCGAGACCCUGUCCUGUGGAAGUACUUCCUGUUGCGUGACAUGCCGCUCUGGCGGUCAGUUGACCAUUUAUCAGUGCCUCAGGUCAAGCUCAACGGCUCAGCUGUGCUGGAUGACUCUGAGAUGCAGCUUGAUUAUAUGGCAGAGUAUCUACGUGUUUGUCCGGCCUGUCGAAACCAAUGGCGACACCAGCCUGGAGUGUUUGAAUCGGUGACGUCUUUCUUCCAGUCCCUCGUACUGGUUUCAGAGCCACAGUUUGCCAUGUUUGGCCCGGGGCUUGAGCAGUUAGAGAUUCCCCUCAUGAACACGAUCAUGCGUUCUCCUCAUGUGCUGCCUGUAGCAGGACUACCUCAGCGUCAGAUCGACGGCAUUGGAUCCGGAAUCAGUUUUAAAUACAAAGAUCAGCACAGAUUCAAUAUUGCAACAUUAUAUUCAACUAACAGGUCAGAGCGAGAGAGAGCACGUCUGGAGCGUCUCAAUCUGCGCAGUAAACUCUUCGUCUACGAGGAGGAUAGUGAGUCGAACAUUCCUUUAAACAUCAACCCCAUGUUUAAUCAAGUUUGUCAAGCUGUGAAUGGAUUCAUCUUUGUGGCCAAUGCUGAGACAGAAAGAGGAGGAACAGACCAAGGGUGGGAGGACGAAAGUGCCCAGAUCAGGGUUAUGUUAGACCCUGCGGUGGGUGCUGUGUCUCGCCCUAUCCUGGUGUUCUCCUGCGUGUCUAGAGAGACAGCAGACGGGCGCAGGACACCUUGUAUGACCGUCGCCCAUCGGCUUCAUCUCAACUCACUGCCCAACCCUUGGAUGGUUCAGGACACAGCUGCAGAAACACUGACAGGACUGCUGGAUGGCAUUGAUUGGCUGCUGAGGCACUCUGGAGUCAAGCUAUAAACCAACUGAAAGCUGCUGGAUGCGUUUACAACAGAGGCCUUUCAAUCCAAUUAUCCAAAUAUACAACAUACAUGUCACAUCGUUGUAAUGGUUGUGCUGUUGGAAGUGACCAGAGUCACAUCAUGAUACUAAUUUACAUUAUUCAGUGAACCGUUUUUACAUUGCACUUUCGUUGUACUAAAUAUUUUCCUUCGGUCGACUUCUUUGUUGUUGUAAAAAUGAUGGUAAUUAUAACUCUUAAGGCAAUAUUACACAAGCAAGAGCGAUUUUGUGGGUGGACGAUAUUCAGAUUCAGAAUAACAUGUUACGGUUGUAAUACAAUGCAGUUCAAUAAAGAAGAAGUUAACAUUAA